UUUCCGUUAUUCGCAGUUUCCACUUUAGCGCCCUCCGCCAGGAGUACUCCCCCAAUACCGAACGUUUAUAUUCCCCCUCGCUGUGUGAACCCAAAAGCACAGUCGAGCGUGGGCCGUCCUUGUGGUGCGCUGAACGGGAGGUGGGGGUCGACGCGAUGA